AUUUGUCUCACCCAGCACGGAGCAGCACUUCGUAGAUAAUUGCAGAUAGCGAAAAUUGCGAAAACUCCACGGCAGAAGGCAUAUUCCGAAGCCGACGUAAGCAGGUGUUUACAUGAAAUUAGCAACCGAGUCCUUCGAUCCACAAUAAAAUUCCGUUUGGGACAGAAAUGUAGGAAUCAGGGAAGAACCGGACCACCCACGGCAAUAGGAGCGGAUGAGGAGAGGGAGCUGGUCAUUUGGAUCAAGAAAAUGGCCCGGAAAGGAUUUCCGGUAACGAAGUACCGUGUAAUGAACCGAGUGAUAAGCUACGUCGAGCAGAAUCCCGAGAAAGGCAGCUUCAAAACCGGCACACCAAGUGAUGCGUGGUUUAGAAGCUUCAUGAAACGGCACAAAGAUCUUGCCAUUCGGAAGCCGGAAGGUGUCACCAACGCCAGUGCAAAUAUCGUCGAACAGAAUCUACGAAACUGGUUCCGGGAAGUUUAUGGAAUUGCCCAAGAAGAGGACUUUGUAGCUAUUCUUCGAAAGGCCAAAUGUGUCCUGAACGGCGAUGAAUCCAGCUUCUAUCUCGAUCCUGCCACGGAUAAGGUAUGCGCCAUGCGAGGAGAGAAGAAUAUGUAUAGAGUUGAACAAGGUCCUGCCAAGAAAAGCAUAACGGUUAUGUUUACCAGCUCCGCUGCUGGAAAAAUGUACCCGCCGAUGGUGGUUUUACCGUACAAGAAAAUCCCCAUGGAAGUUAUACGUAGUAUACCCGCAGAAUGGGGUAUAGGCAAAACGGAUUCGGGAUGGAUGAACACAACUUGUUUCCUUGAAUAUGUUAAGAACAUACUCCAUCCUCAACUGGUUGAAGAUGAUGCACUUCCGGCUGUCUAUUUUGUAGACGGCCACUCUUCGCAUACCACUUGGGAAACUGCCGAUGAAUGCCGAAAACUUCAAAUCCAUCUGGUCUGCCUAUACGCCAAUAGCACACACAUAUUACGACUUACUCGACUCGUAGAAAGUUGCCUAUCCCAACAAGUAUUUAAAAACGGAAAACGUUGCUCCGCUUCUUCAGCAGGCGAUGAAGAACAUCAAUAAAAAUGUCAUUAAAAACGGAUUUGAAUGCUGCGGUUUGUUUCCGUUUGAUGAGAACAGCGUUGAUUACUCCAAAUGCCUUGGUCGAAAUGCCGGAAUGUCCCACCCUGAAGGAGAACAUAGUGAAACUGUGAAUUUGGCAAAUGAAACCACUGAUGAAGGACCCAAAUCCGACGAUCAUUCCGAUGUGCAAAAUGGAGCUGCAAGUUCGUCGGGAAAAACCUCGGAUGAUGAUUGUCAGCUGCCUACACUCGAAAACCAUACCGAUAUGGGAGUACCAGGUGAUUCUAAUUGCAGCGAAACGUUUGAAAGCUGAAGAAAUUCUUUAACUGAUGGGGCCAACCGAUCGGGAGAAGUACAGAACUGGUAAUGAAAGCGAUUUUUUAUCGCUUCACGAAAAGAUACUUGUAAAGGUUUUCAAGCUACUUGAACCUUUAAGUUCUUCGUUCGAUCGAAAUGGGUCCGGAGUGUUCAUACUCGGGAUCGUAUGAACCAGCAGGCAAGCCUGAACUGAAGGAAGAAAUAUUAGCAGAAUUUUUUAUUGAUCAGCCAGCAUAUGAGGUUCAUUACGUCAUGGACACCGAUCCCGAAGCACCCGGAAAUGAAACAGCGCUGAUUUCAGGAAAUCAUAACUGUUCAAACACCGACGACUAUGACGUUCCGAAUGAUAAUGGUCAGCACCUAAGCGAUGAUACUGAACAACACUGUAGCUUGCUCUCCGAGUUUUUGGAGUCUCCAGAAACACCACACCUAAAAGGCAAUAUGAAAUACAAGUGUAGAAGCCCUGCUGUUUUGAUCUCUCGUCGGAGAUUCGAGUACCACAAGGCAAUUCAUGAGAAGAAGAAGAGGGAGGCAGAGGAAAAACAACGGAAGGCUGAGGAAACGCAAAAGAAGACUGAGGCAAUACAGGAGAAGAAGAAGAAUGAAUCAGAGAAAAAGCAACGGAAGACUGAGGAAAAGCAAAAGAUGGCUGAGGAAAAGCAAAUUAAGGCUGAGGAAAGGAAGAUUAAACAAACGAGCAAACAAGCACAGAAAUUGAAGAAUAAAAGAACCGAUAAACCCAAACAGGAGAGAGGAAAGAAGAAGAAGGAAGGUUAAUAGAAGUAACUGAAGAGUAACGAAAUAAGACAAUGGAGUUAAAUCACA